AAUCGAGGCCCCUAUGUCUUAUGUGUGGCGGCCAUGAGACUUAAUACAUUCGAAUCCUUACACAGCUUGCUGUGUAUUUGCAAUAUUUGGGAGACAUACCGCACAUUUUUUGAACCACCCCCUUUUUUUAAUGUUGUACAAAGAAAACCCUUCCGCUAUCACCCCCCAGUUGGUUUUAUUUAAGUUGUUUUCUCUCGUGUUUCUCUUCCUCUGCUUCGUCUUCAACAUCGAACCGUGAAUAUGUAAUCUGAAAAAAGGAAAAAGCCAAGAAGAAAAAAAGCAUGGUUAUGAUGGACUUGUAUACGCAUGCAUGCAUAGCUCGCUAUCUACAUAUAUACACACACAUGCCUGCAUAAAAUGUGUGGCAGCUGAGCAAGUCGGGAGGAAAAUACGUGAAGAAAACAGCAAAAGAAAGCCAAGGAAUGAAGGAUCUUUAAAGCAUACAGAAAAAAUGGUAACAGAGGAAAGCGACCAAAGGAAGAAAAGAUAUCUGCAGAGUGCUUGCUUACUUUGGUUGCUUGUAUGAAUGUAUGUAUGUAAAUAUAAAUACGAUUUUGAGUUUGUUUUUGAGACAGUCGAUGCUUCGAAAUAUGAAGAUUACACAGGGAAAACACAGUAGUAGUAUUAUUAUUAUGUUUAAUGAUAACAAUAAACGGAACAUUCGUGCUGCGAAGACGACACAUAGUGAUACGCUGUCGGUUUGCUCUCUCGCUCUGUGGAACCUUUUUUUAAAUGGAUGGUGCACUGUUUGAGCUUUUGCACACUUUUAAACAAACAAACAAGAAAAGAAAGAGAGAAAAAAGCACAGACAAACAACCCCAAACACAAAUACACGCAGACUUUAUUUAAAGUAUCCACCACCACAGACAGACAAACCACCCCUUAACAUCAGAGGGGUGAGAGAAAGAAAAAAAAGGGAAGGUACGUUGUCUGAUUAAAAAAUACCCCUAAAUUAUACACAUAUAUAUAUAUAUAUAUAUAUAUAUGCAUAUAUAUGUGUGCUUGUGUGCACAUAUAUGUAUGUGUGUAUGUAUAUAUCUGAGAUUCUCUCUUGAUAGUAAUAAUAAUAUACCUCUUUAAUGCUAAUUUGAUUAAACUUGAAUGCAACAGCCAUUUGUUGGUUUGGAUAUAUUUUCACCAAGUGACAACACACGCCAACAUUUAAUUUGCUACAAGAACUGUCGAAGAGUUUUCGAGUUAUAUAUAUAUUCAAUUCAAACCAAAACUACAGCAGCAUCAUCAUCAUCAUCAUAAAUCAGAAAACACCACCACAACCACCACCCUCAUCAUCAUCAUCAUCGCCAUCACCACCACCAAGUACUACUAUCAUUCAUUAUUAUUGUUUUUAGUAAUUAAUUUUUAUCACACUGAUUAUUACCAAUGGAUCUAGGAAGUGAUGCUGCUACGGUCACUGCUGCACCACCACCGCCGACAACACCAUCAGCAUCAUCCUCCGCCUCUCCCCCUCUAUCAUCAUCAUCAUCAUCAUUAACAACAACAACAACAACACCACCUCCUCCAGCCUCAGGACACGAUGAAGGAGGUGAUCAACUCCACACGACAGACGUAGGAUUGAAACCCGAAUCAGAGGUAUUGAAAGUGAAAAGUGAUGCAACUCAAAUAAAGAACGGUGACAAGGCUGAUCCUUCAGUGAGCAAAGAUGAUGACGAUGAUGAGGAAGACGAUAGUAGUGUGUUCAAUUUGAACUCGGAAAAGAUGGAUGUGUUAUCAGAGGUAUCUCUGUCACCACCAAUUUUAACUAAAGAGACCGAUCGGAAUGGUGGCAAUGCUGCUAGCAGCCAUGACAACGUUGCUGCCGACACAGAAGCGGCACGCUUACCGUUCAGCGACGAUCCUGAUGAGAGUGAUUCAAACAGGAACAAGUCGCGUCCACCAUCGUUAGAUAAUUAUAAUGAAGAUAGCAAAGAGACUGCAACUGGUGAUGGUGGUGGUGGUGAUGCAGAGGGUAAGAGUAAAGCAGAGAAAAAGGAGGAGGGAAAAGAUGAUGAUGAUGAGGAGGAGGCUGAGGAGGAUGCAGGUGAGGGAAAAGGGAAAGGCAAGAGUGCUUUGAGUGUUGGUGAUCCCUUGGAGGGCGAGGCUGCUGAACAGAGUCACAGUAAAGGGCCGCCAGAAGAGAAAGAUACAAAAGUUGCUGAGGAUGAGACAAGUAGACCUGAAGAGACGAGUAUGGAGGUGGACGAUGCCAAGGAGGUGUCCGGCACCAAGGAAACGGACGCAGCAUCAAAGGGAGACGUGAAGAUGGAAGUCUCCGAAUUGAAAACGGACGAGAAGGUAGCCAAAGAGGCGAGCGGAGAGCCGGCAGAUUCGAAAACAGAAUCAACAGAAAAUAAUAACGAUAAAGAUAAAGAUAAAGACGUUAAGGACAAGACGAAUGAGGAUUUCACCAGUUUAAAGGCGAAAUCUGAAAAAAGCGAGAAAGAUGAAGAAGCUACUACCACUACUACUACUACUUCUACUUCUGCAGUUGUUGAUAUUGAAGGAGACGAAGUGAGCAAGGAGCAGAAAGCUGAAGGCGAGGAGAAAUCCGAAGACCCGGCGAAAAAAACUGAAGAAGGCAGGAUAUCUCCCCGCCGUACUAGAAGUCAAAACAAGACAAAGAUGAUCCCAGCGUCCUACCUCGAAGACAUUGAUCUUGACGACGAAGAGGAGGAGGACGACUAUGAUCUGCAGAUCACUUCGGUGUCUGGCAAACUAGACAUCAUGAAAGACAAACAGUUGCUUAAACGUUCCUCUUCAAAACUCUCGCGUCCUGAUGGCUCUUCAGCUAGAUCACAAACCUCCACAGAUAAAUUCUCUUCCAAGUCUUCCCCCUUGUCAAAAACCUCACAGAAAUGUAUAGUAUGUCAUAAGAUCGGUAAAUGCAAAUAUAACAUUGUCCGAAAUGGUGACAAUAAACAUUUGUGCGACGACGAGUGUUUCCGACAAUUCCGAGUGAGUCCGACUGUCUAUCUCCGCAGCAUGUCACCAGUCAAUGCUUCGGCGUCUAGUUCCAUAUCGGUGGCAUCUUCGAUGGAGCAGGCGACACCACACUAUAAGAUUUGCAGUGUCUGUCAGCUAAUGAACAUAAACACCAAUAAACAUUUCCUCAAUUGGCAAGGAUUGGACUUCUGCGGUGAGGAAUGCCUCGGUAAAUUCCAAAGCAGUUUAGGAGGUACAUGCUCCUUCUGUGGAUCACAGGUUCCUCCUUCGGCAAAAGCUAAAUAUUGCCUGAAACUAGGUACGGAGAUUAAACAAUUUUGUGGCACCCAGUGCCACGCCCAGUUCAAAAAGAGACUUAAAGUUUGUUGUUACUGUCAGAAGGAUCUGACUAAUGUUUCUGAUUCCUUUAUGGCCCCUGUCGGUUGGGAACAGGGAGUGUUCAAGGACUUCUGUAGCCCCUCUUGUCUGCAGAAAUACGAAGAGAAAAAUAACAAGGAUGUAGAAAUUAUUGGCGUUGAACAGAGUAAAAAACGUUUGCCUUGUGCUGUCUGUGGCAAGGUGUGGUUGGUGAAGCACGAAGUAAAGUUUGAGGGCAAGGUCCACAAAAUGUGUAGCGACCCGUGUUUAUCCGCAUUUCAGUAUGCUAAUAAACUAACAAUGAAUACUUGUGACAAUUGUGGUGUUUACUGCUACAAUGAAGGUAUGCAGCCGCAAUACAUCCAGUUUGAGGGACAGCAGAAACGCUUUUGUAGUUUCAUGUGUGUCAAUACCUUCCGUGCUCUCAACAAAAAAGUUGUGUCAUGUGCUUGGUGUGGCUCCAAAAAGGGUAACUUUGAUAUGAUAGAACGAGUCGACGCCAACAACAAAUACCAGCUGUUUUGUUCCCUUAAUUGUCUUUCUUUGUACCGAGUUAACCUGCAAGCCACUUCCAACCAAGCGGUGACGUGCGACCACUGUCGUAAGUUCGUCCCUGCCCAGUAUCACUUGACCAUGAGUGAUGCGUCGGUGAGAAAUUUUUGCUCCUAUAAUUGCGUGAUGGCGUUUCAGUCACAGUUUUCCUCUCCAACCUCAUCAACCACUGUGGCUCCUACUCCGACGAAGAGUCAAUCGAUAUCUCUUUCACAGUCGUCGCAAUCAAAGUCUUCAAAGCCAGCAACAAGAAAAGACCCCCUACCUCCCCUUAAUAGACUGAAUGAUGUCCAGAGAAGCGCGAAAGUAUCACAGAAACAGGGCCCAUCCGCAGUUGGCCACCAACUCAAACAGAUCCCCACUCACAAGACGGCAACUCAAAAGCUUUCAAACCCAUAUCACUCACUGCGAAGGUUAAGUGAACCAGCCAGUAGCCCUAGUAGUGCAGGUGGACAACGCCCACAGACUUCCACCAGCCUGAAAUCAACUACACAAGUGCCAGUCAUAAUUAGUUCUCAAAAUACAUCACAAAAGACGUCUUUGAGUGUUGUUUCUUCUGGUGGUGGCAGCAGUAAUAGUAGCAGCAGCAGCAGCAGUAGUUCCUCUGCUGGCACCAGUACCGGAGAUAUCGGUACCCUCACAGCAGCAGCAGCAGCAGUGGCAGCACCAGGGAAUGGUAACCAGCAGAUUAUCAUCCAGCCCACACCUCCGAAACAAGUGAAAAACAAAUCCCUGCUCUGCAAGCCGUUUGUACAGACCAAAGCCACAUCCUGCCGUCCUCACACUCAAUGCAAAGAAGUACAAACUGAAGGAGAGCCUGAAGCCAAGACACACAUUCUUCCUGUACCAGUACCUGUCUAUGUACCCUUGCCUCUACCCAUGUACAAUACUAUCUCACCGUUCAUGUUCCCUGUUCCCAUUCCCAUACCAGUUCCAUGUUUCAUACCAACUACCAAAAAGUCAGCAUCCAGUAUUUUCAAGCAUAUUAAAGAAAUCCAGGAAAAAAUUCCUGCAGAUCCAUUUGAAGCGGAAUUGUUGAUGAUGGCUGAGGCUGUAGCCCAUUCUGAACAGUCGACCAGUGAUGAAGAAGAUGGCUUAGAUACUGCUGCUGCAGAUGCUGCUGCUAUUGAUGGCAAUGACAAAGUACUGAACACCAACGAGGACACUUUGACAGUAGCUUCUAUUACACCUCAAUGUGAAGACACAACCACUGCAGCCAACACCUGCAGUAAAGACUUUGAUGACGAUGUCCUUCAGAUGUCCCUCAAUAUAACUGCUGCUGAAAUACCUGAACCAUCGUUAGACCUGGAGUCUUUUUUAGAAUUUGCUCCACCACUUGGUUCCUCCAAUACUACCUCUGUGCUGAAAGGGCGCCUCGAUAUGAAGUCAAAACAGGUUGGACGGGGUAACAAACGGCCGGCAGUGACUCCUGGACGUGGGGGUCGGCGGAACAAGCGAUCGCGUGUUGGCGACGACGACUCGUUCUUGUUGGAAGGCGAGGAGAACGCAGACAGCCAACACAUGUCGCCUGAUUCUAACAUGAGCUUGAAGUAUACUUACGGUGUCUAUGCAUGGAGACAGUGGGUUCUACAGAAAAAUGCCCAACUCGAGAAAGUAUCGAAGUCCGGUACGGGCCGUUUAAAACUGUUUAAGACCAAUUUGCUGCAGUGCACACCGGAUGAGCUGAACUACUCACUUUGUCUUUUUGUCAAGGAAGUACGGAAACCGAACAAGGAGGAGUAUUCUCCCGACAGCAUACUUUAUCUAUGUUUGGGCAUUCAACAAUAUCUAUUUGAAAAUGGAAGGAUUGACAAUAUUUUCACAGACAUGUAUUAUGAAAAGUUCACUGAAUGUCUCAAUGAAAUCUUGAUACGUUAUCAACCUAAGAUCAAUGGGAUUGGUCAGCUGGUGUGUCGCAUUGAAGAAGAGUAUCUAUGGGAGUGCAAACAGCUAGGUGCACACUCCCCACACGUGCUGCUUAAUACACUAAUCUACUUCAACACCAAACACUUCAUGCUUAAAACCCCUGAGGACCACAUAAAGCUCUCCUUCACCCACAUCAUGAAGCACUGGAAGAAAACCAUACCUGGUAAAGGAGGUUCCGGCCGCAGUGUUUACCUCAGAUACUAUUGCAAUUCUGAGAUUGUUAACCAAAAGAAACGACGUGAGGAAAUGCCUGCAUACGAGCAGUGUGAGAACCACGACAACCCGUUAAGAUGUCCUGUGAAACUUUAUGAAUUCUAUUUGUCGAAAUGCCCCGAGAGUAUUAAAAACCGCAAUGAUGUCUUCUACUUGAUCCCGGAGCGAUCCUGCGUACCCGACAGCCCCGUGUGGUACUCAACCCAAUCCUUAUCCAGUGACAUAAUGACCAAGAUGCUGAACCGAAUACAUUUGGUGAAAGAAAUACAAGAAGCUUGUAUAAACACACAACCAGUCUAUAUGUAAAACUAAAAACAUCUUUCCUCAUUUCUUCUCUCAGUCUCUUUUAUCCUUUUUUUAAAAAAAAAUUUUUUUUUUUUUUCAAAAUUUCCGUCAUCUUCUCUUCGUCCCCUAUUCCUCCUUUUCUCUCUCUCUCUCCCUCAUCCUCCAUCACCUCAUCUUUUUCUUCUUCUUCUUCCCCCUUUUAAGUGAAAUUUAUUUUUUAUUUAUUUAUUUUUAUUUUCUUAUGAUUUUUUUUUUUGGUCCCCCACCCCCAACCCCCAGCAUCACCAUCACCAUAGCAUGGCAUAACAUCAUAACGUCGUGCCGGUUUUUUACAUGUUUGCUUCACAUCGUACAUCGUGCAUUGCAUCUUGUCACACAUUGCAUCACACAAUCGCAUCGCAUCACAUCACACCACCACAUUUGCAUCACAUCUCAACACCCUGCUCCAUCCACCAUUACUUCCCUUCUCAAGCCAUUUGGCUUUACGGCCACCCCUCCUUUUAGAGACAGCUCUCCGAAUCUUCCAAUUCUAUAACAAGAAUUUAAAGAAAGACCAUCAUGAGAUAUCAUAACAAUAAUAAGUAAUAAUAAUAAUA